AUGCGUACAAUAUUACGCAUUGCUUUUUAUUUAUUUCUUAUACAUGUGUGUGUAUAUGAAAGCAAUGGAAAAAUUCCCAGAAAAGCUAUCACAAAUAAUGUAGAUAACAAUGAACAAAUUUUACCAGAUAAGUUUCAUGUAAAUAAUGUUUCAUUUCAAAAUACAGAGGGAAGAAAAUUACGCGGAGAUCAAUCAUUAAAACCUACUGUACCAACUGGACUAAAUGCUGAUCAAAAUGGAGCGACAAUAGAUGAUGUUCAAACAAAUCAAGAAAGUAAAACAAGUGAAAUUCAAAAUUUACAAGAUGGAACUCUUAAUACUGAUGCAGCUGGACAUAAGGAUGCACAUACACCUAAUGGAGAUACUCAAGGAGAACAACAUUCAGAACACACUUUAAAAAAGGAACCAUCACAGCCAGAUGCAGAAGAUACACAGGGUUCUGAAAAAAUUACAGGAGCACAGGACACCAAGAAUAUACCGCAAGAAACGGAGCGUAACGCUACUUCAUCUGAAGGAUUACAAUCAGAAAAGGAAGGAGCAAAAGCAGCCGGAUCAAAAAAACUAAAAAAGGGGGAUUCAGAAACAACAGUAAAUCAAGUAGGAAAAGAUGCGAGUUCUAUUGAUCCGUCGAAUGCGAAACCAGAGGACCAAUCAUCAAAAUUAAUAGACGAACCAUCAGGACUCAACAAUCUUCAAAUAAAAUCAUCUCCAAGUGAAAGUUCAUUAUCGAAACCAAAAGAGGUAGAUGCAGCACAACCAACAGUACAUACAAAAUCGGAUUCCGAACUGCAAGAAGCAGAAUCAUGUCUGGAAUCAGAAUCUAAACAACAGCUUGCACCCAAAUCAACAAAUCAAACAAUAUCGAUAUCAGAAGGGAAACCAUCAUCUAUAUCAAAUUUGAAGACAUCUGUAGGACCAGGUUCACAAAAGGAAGAUAUAUCAAGCCAUUUACCACGAUCAGAAGGUAGUGUACAAUGUGAAGGAAAUGAAGAAGACGAAGACGAAGAAGAGGAAGAGGAAGAUGAAGAAGAAGAUGAAGAUGAAGAAGAUGAAGAUGAAGAAGAUGAAGAAGAUGAAGAAGAAGAAGAAGAAGAAGAAAAAGAAGAAGAAGAAGAAAAAGAAGAAGAAGAGACCAAAAAAGAGAAAGAAAAAGAAAAGGAAAAAGAGAAGGAAAAAGAAAAGGAAAAAGAGGAACAAUCAGAGAAAAAAAAGGAGAAAGAAAAAGAGGAAAAAAAAGAGGAAGAAAAAGAGAAAGGAAAAAAUAAAGAAGAGACCAAAAAAAAGAAAGAAAAAGAAAAGGAAAAAGAGGAACAAUCAGAGAAAAUAAAGGAGAAAGAAAAAGAGGAAGAAGAAGAGAAAGAAAAAGCGAAGGAACAGAGAGAGGAAAAAAUCGAGAAAGGAGAAGAAGGAGAGAAAGAGAAAGAAAGAAAGAAAGAACAAGUGAAAGAAGAAGUGAAGAAACAGAAAAAAAAACAGAAGGAAAAACAGAAAGAAAAACAUAAGGAAAAACAGAAAAAAAAAGACAAAGAAAACGAGAAAGAAGGAAAGAAAGAACAAGUGAAGAAACCCAAAAAAAAACAGAAGGAAAAACAUAAGGAAAAACAGAAAAAAAAAGACAAAGAAAACGAGAAAGAAAAAGAGAAAAAAGAAGAGAAAAAAGAUGAGAAAAAAGAAGAGAAAAAAGAAGUGAAAGCAAAAGAGAAAGAAGAAGAGAAAAAAGAAGAGAAAAAAAAUGUGAAAGCAAAAGAGAAAGAAGAAGAGACAAAUAAGGAUGAUGAUAAAACAGAAACAGUAUCAGAAACAGUAUCAGAACCAGUAAAUGGAAAAUUAUCUAAACCGGAAUCAUCAGUAACUCUACCAUCAGGAACACCAAAACAAAAAAUACCGGAAUCAAAAGUCGACCAAGCAUCUAUAUCAGAUGUAAAAAUACCUUCAGAACCAGAGUCACAAACAGAAGAACUACCAACUAAAAAUCUACCAUCAGAAGAUACUGGACAAGAAAAGGAAGAAGAAUAUAAAGAAAAUGGAGGUAGGGAGGAAAAACUACAAGAUGAAAGUUCAUCACCUUCAUCAUCACCUUCAUCAUCAGCAGCAGAAUCAGCAGCAGAAUCAGAAUCAGAAAAAUGGGAUAGUGCCAAUAUUCUUAAACCGGCAAAUUUACCCCCUGAAAAAACAUAUGACACUGUAAAUGAAUAUGAAAAGGUUGUAGAAGAAAAAGAAAAGAAACAAAAGAGAGAAGAAGAGGUUGAAAUCACAGAGGAAGAUGUGCAAAAAUUAGUAAAAGAAAUACUACGAGAGAGGGAACAAGGAAAGGGAGAAGAAGACAUAGAAAAGCAAGCAGACAUACACAGAAGAAAAGCAGGGGAACAAAAUUCGAAUGGAAAACAGGACAAAGUUGAAGGUAAAAUUGAAGAACAGCUAAUAGAAAAAGAAGAAAGCACUCUCUCAUUUAACGAUAGUACUGUUCACAAAUAUUUCUCCCCGGAAUAUGAAGAUGACAAUGAAAAUGAAAAUUUUGAUGACGAGCUAAUAAAAACAUUAGAUAAUUCAAUUGGUGGUGAUCCGUCAACUGUUAAUGCUCUUAGAGACUUAGAAAAAGAUAUGCUUCAAUAUUUUCUACACAUAGAAAUAUUCGAAAAAGAACAUUUUGAUGAAUUCAUUUAUUGA